CUGUGUCUGUGGCUAGAAGAACACUAGCUCGCUGUUCAGGGGGGCGAAACGCUUGAGCGCUUAAAGGACGACCUAAGUAACAAUUUGAAAGAUUUUACCGAAAGCAAGACAUUUUACUCGUAAAGGUCGUGGUGAGUAUUUUGUUCCCAGACAUUUUUCAUUUUUCCUUCCUUUUUCUUUUGUUUUUGGAUUUUUUUCAACGAUGCUUUUUCUAUUUUGCGAGUGGACAGAACGUUAUGUGCUGGCUAGCGGGGUAGCUAGCUUAGCUAACUUGAAGACGCUCGUCCCCCUCAAAAACAUGAACGCUGCUUGUUGUUUUUAGAAACACAGCGCAUUGGAUACAUCUUAGCUACUAUUUCCUCCUUUUUUGCAAGUUUGUGUAGCUGUAUUUUUAUAGCUUUUAUUGUGAAGACUUUUCCUUAAUGGGACUGCUAAUGUUUUUGGCACGCUUUUCAGCCAGCCCACCAGCUAAGUUAGCAUUAGCUAACGGCUUCAGAGGCUCCGUUGGUGUAAUAGUUGCAGAUCCGCCCUGAGUCAGUGCAGAUUCAGAUCCACCUCAUGAUUAUGAGCAUUUUGCAGGUUUUGGUUUUUGCAAGCAAAUGAACUGGUCAGAUUGCUGUGUAUUUUUUAUGCCUUUUGGUUGAUGGUUGGCUAACGUUAGCCAUACUAGCCGGCUUUGAGCCUCCGAGGCUAACCAGGGCCUGUGUCUCACACUGACGCCUGGUGGUGGCGCUGUCGGGCUCCAGGCGGGUGUGUUGUGGAUGGUUUAGUAUAAAUCGCGAGGGGCGAAGGUGAAGGUCAAGACACCAGCCCAAACUGAACCCAGCCCACAGUGUCAAACAUCAGACAGACGGCAACCCUGCACACAGACGCUAUGGAUCGCUCACCCACCACCUCCAGCCUCAUGGCCAGCAGCAACGUCACCAACAAGACCGACCCACGCUCCCUCAACUCACGGGUCUUUAUCGGCAACCUCAACACCCUGCUGGUCACCAAGGCAGAUGUGGAAGCCAUCUUCUCCAAAUAUGGGAAGAUCGUAGGCUGCUCUGUCCACAAGGGCUAUGCCUUCGUUCAGUACGCCAAUGAGAGGAACGCCCGGUCCGCUGUAUCCGGGGAGGACGGCCGCAUGAUUGUCGGACAAGUACUUGAUAUCAACUUGGCUGGAGAACCCAAACCCCACAGGUCAAAAACUACCAAACGCUCAGCUGGAGACAUGUACAGCAGUUCCUCAUUUGACCUCGACUAUGACUUUCAGAGAGAUUAUUAUGACAGAAUGUACUCGUACCCGUCCCGCGUCCCUGCUCCGCCUCCCCCCUUGUCGCGGGCCGUGAUCCCGUCUAAGCGCCCGCGGGUCAGUCUGAGCGGCGGAGGAAGCAGCCGGCGAACCAAGAGCAGCUUCUCCUCUUCCUCUAAGAGCAGCCAGAGGACUUCAUCAUCCAGAACAAUGAAAGUGGACGAGCUGCAAAGCAUCAAACGGGAGUUGUCCCAAAUUAAAAGCAAAGUGGAUGACCUGUUGGACAGUCUGGAACGCAUGGAGAAGGACCACAGCAAGAAAUCAGAGGCUAAGAGUUCAAAGACUGAGCCAGGAGAGGUGACCUCACCUCCACACUCCAGCAACAAGAAGGAUGAUGGCAUGAAGAGGGAGAGAGAAAGCCAAGACUCAGAUGAAGAGGAGGAGGAAGAGGAGGGAGACCUGCUGGAGGAGGAGGAGGUAAAGAGUCAAGAGAGGGAGGAGGAGGAGGAGGAAGAGGAAGAGGAGGAAGGUGAGCAUGUGGAAGGAGAUGACGAUGCUGACAGUGUCAACGGUGAAGAGGACUCCUAGGCAUUGGCGAGACGGACGCAUGCGGCGUACUCACAGCUUCCAUAGGGAACUCGGACUUCUGUUUUAACACUCACAUUGUAGAUACGAAUCAUAAACAUGUGCGCACACAAACUCACAAAGCAUGGUGCCCCGACUCUGUUGUCCAUUGUCCCACAAACCGCUGUUUUUGUCAUUUCGGCCAGUUGUCCGGUAUCACUGUAACAGGAAUAACUAGCUGUAGAUUUCGGUUUGUGUUUUUUACCACGUCGUUACUUGUCUUCACAAGUAGGCAGAAACAUGGACUGGAAUGUUCUCAGAGACGACAGCUCGACGGACAUGUCUUAAAAUAAGGAUGAAAUUGAGUUACAGAAGACGGAGUACGUUUUUAGGUUACAUGUAUUUGUUUUCCUCAUUGGUGAGUUUGUUUGACCUUGUGUGUCUGUAUGUUAAUGUCAGUUUUUUAUACUUUUCAGUUUAACUGUAAAGGAUUAAAUUGCAAUAAAAUAUUAAAAUUGGA